AUGAUCAGUGCACUAGUGAAACAAGAAACCUGGACCUCUGAACAAGACCUCUACGUCAAGACGCAUGGUUUCAAGAACAGGAACGUCUUCUGUGAAUUCGGAGCUGCAGGGAUAGUAGCAUCGAUGUCUUACAACUUCUUACUGCUCCUUGCAUGUUGCUUCUUCGCUUACAAAGCUCGUAACGUCCCCGGUAACUUUAACGAGGCGCGGUUUUACGUGAUCAGCAUUUAUACCAACAUGUUACCGAUUGCGGCUGCCGUGCCUCUGUUCCUAAACGCGGCACUAGUCAUACAGAUCGCUGUCGCAGUCUGUUUGAUGCCUAUUUUUAAUGGAUACGUUACUUUGUUGGUUGUUUACCUCCCUAAGCUUUAUGUUAUUCUAACCAAUAAGACAGAUGAAGGGGGUAGGGAUAGGUCACUAGGUGAACCGAGUCGAAUGGGUACAUCCUCUAGCCCUCAGGACCGUAGGUCUUUUGUUAUGGGAAAGGGUAGCGGAAAUAAAGUGCAACCGUUUGAUAUCUCAAAUACGGGCGGGGACGACUAA